GACGACGGAUUAGAUAACGGGUUGGACGACGGGGUGGACAACGGGUUGGGCGACGGGGUGGAUGACGGGUUGGGUGACUGGGUGCGACAGGAGGACGAGGGGUACGCGAGCGAUGACUGGGACUGAGACUCGUCCUAAAUUACGUCGACAACGACUGUGACGAAAACGAUGACUGACUUUUUUAUAAAUAAUUAACUUGUGACCAGCGGGUGGGUGACCGGUGGGCGUACCAUCUACCAGCCACCCCCAAAUCUUGUACAGGCGGAGUAGGGGAGAAUGUGUUGCACUGUGGGGGCGCACCAGGGCGUCCCGGCGACGUGGUGUGAGGCCCCCCCGGCAACUAGAUAAUUUUGCUGAUAUCUGCGAAAUAGCGGAACGGCGUCGACGGCUGACCGACCAUCGCAAUCCAGUCAGUAUUCCUGAGUCCAAUCACACGCAACCAUGGCGUCAGGAAGAUCCGGAUUGUCGCGAGAGGGGUGCAGCAAGUUGUUCCGAACCUUCGAAAUAGCUCUGAAAAAGUCGGACCGUCAUCUUCUCCUGUCGUCGACGUAUGGGUUGAACGCUUCGUGGUCGAAGAAACUCACCGUGGGACUUCGCCUUCGCAUGAACGGCACUUUCGAACCCGUCGUGCGAUUGAUCAACAAUUACUCUAGCGGUGUGUCGCUAGGAUUGGAAGGUUGGGCCAGCCUGAUUGCGAAUUUGCCGAAGCUGGAAAAAUACUUCCUGAAGAAAGAUGCUCCCGGUGACAACCUCUUCGCGCUGGUGAACGAUACGAUCGCGCUAGAUGGUGGGUGUUCUUUGCGUUCUACAACGGCUCACGGUGCGAAGAUGAUCGCAUUUUACUCGACCGAAACAUCGGGCAACGGUGACGACGCUACCAUCGAAAACUCACCUCAGGAGGAUGAUGAAGAGGAUACCGCGACGCAGGGGGCCAAAAAGCGAAAAGUUUACACCCCGGUAAUCGUGAUGCAGAAAGUAACCUUCGACGGCCUGAAACACAUAGCGUGCUGCGCAAACGAGCGGCUGCUUCAGCUGGACGCGCUGCUGGGAGACGUCAACAGGUCCAAGGAAUCGGUCGUUCGCUACUUCGCUUCGAUAAUCACGGCUAGGAAAAUAAAAGCGCCAACUCUGCAGCAGAUUCACGGAGCCGUGUGCGACGACAUAGAGACUGCGCGAAAAGUGGUAUGUUUGCAGUUUGAUAUAGGAUUCCGAGACUACUUCUUCGAUAUUGUUUACUGCGAAAUGAUGCGCUUAUUUUUGUCGUAUAUCGUUGCCGAUAUUAGGCGAAGUGUUUUGAUCCAGGGGUAGUUGAAGUUGAUGUAUAAAUCGGUAGAAUGAUAAGAAACACAUAAUUUGUAUUACUUAGGUUUAAGAUUCCAACACCGCUUUAUUGUCGCCCAGAAGGAAUUGUCUAUUUUGUAUUAUCUACAGUCAAGAACGCUUCGUAUUACCUUAGUUCUAAGAAUAAAAAUCUCUAGUCGUUAUGUUUUGAAAAUAUUUGCAGAGUUUACACUUUCGUGCACCCGUGAAUACUCAUAUUUCAGAGCAACGUUGUGUUGGCAGCACGUAGCCGCGGUGCGGGCCUCGGAGAUCUUCGGCUAUAGUCGGUAAAAUGCGAUAAAGUUUUUCAAAUAGGUACGUAACCGCCAGGAUGCCGGUAGCUGAGUAGCCGUGAUGCAAUUCGAACAUCGGCGCCAUCUUGUAUUGGGAAUUUCAAAACUAGUAACCAAAUCAGAUUUCGAAAAACGCGCGCCGUCUUGGGUUCCGGAAAGGGCCGCCAUCUUGAAUUCGAAAAACAGGCGCCAUCUUGUGGUUUGGAAGAGGCCGCCAUCUUGAUUUCGAAAAACGCGCGCCAUCUUGGGUUUCGGAAAG